GGUAUUCCAUUGAUAAGGCCCAUAUUAAGCCCAGUGAUACCUUUCAGAGAAGACGGAGACAAGGAAAGACUGUUCUUUCAUUCUACUCGCGAAUCUGAGACUUCGGAAGAUUCGAUCGAUUUUGGGGUUAGGGUUUUUCUCUCCCGACGAGCUGCUAAUUAUCUGAUCUGAUCAAUGGCGCCGCCUGCAGGACUUUACUCCGGUAGCAGCACUCUUGCUCUGGUGGCUCGUGCUUCAGCUUUCGGGCUGGGUCUCAUCUAUGGGAACGUGAAGCUCAAGGCUUUGAAGAUAAAGAAGAACUCACAGAUGAAGGCAGAAGCCAAGGCUCAUCACUAAACCAACUCUUCCUCUCCCUUCUCCAAUAAGAAGAUGAAGCCAAGUGACUGUUAUCUCCAGAUGUAGCUCUUACGUCAUGAACUAUAUCUCCCUCGGUGACAUUUUCUCGAUUUUUCUGUUUUCUUUUCCCUUGACGAAGAAGAGCAAAACCUUUUAUCUGAAAAAGCAAAAAUUAUAUACCAUUUUGGUUUAAACCCGAGUUCCAUUUUGGUGCUCUUCUGUUCAAUAAACACCAUCCGCUUUUCAUUUUAACCAGAUUGAUUAUGCA